AUGGGAGCCGAUGACAAGAGGGUUCGGAUCAAAGUUCUUCAGGUGUCAAAUAUAUCAGUAACGGCGACAAAGGAUCAGAUCUUUACUAUGUUUCAAUAUGUAGGAAGAAUCGAAGAGAUGAAGAUAAAUUCGAGUAGUCAGAGUGUCAUGGAUUUCGUGACUAACGAGUACAAAACUAUUGGUUUAUGGGCGUCUGAUAACUUAAGUGGGUAUCGUUUCUCCCAUGUUGGCCCAAGGACACAUAUAAGACGAAGUGGUUUCAAAGUUUAUCCAUCGGAUAUGAACAUAACUUCUUCUACAGUUUCCAAAUGUGCUUUCAUAAAAUACGAUGAUGAACGUGCAGUUGAAGUAGGACAACAUCUUACGAACACAGUUCUCAUUGAUCGCGCCAUUGUUUGUGCACCAUUUCUGCAAAAUACUAUCCCCGAUGAAGCUACGUUCAUUAAUUCUGGUGGUCCAGUCACAGCAGGACAACGACAGUUACCUCCACAUGUCAGUAACAAAAUACAGGAGUUAGAGGAUGGAACAUCAGUGUAUAUGUUAGAUCGUUCCCCAUGUAUGGUUGAGAUUGAGAACGCGAUUUGUCCAGUCGAAGAUUCGAGACCCCUCCCCUGCGACUCAUCUUUCGGUUUGUCGCCGAUGACGUCAUCAGCAUGUUGUUCAGCUCAAGAUUUUCCAAAUAUUAAGAGAAAAACCUAUUUUUUAAGCAUAAUAACACAUGGCUAUGGGUUUUUGCGAGCGAUACAACCAUUAAAGACUAUAAAAACGCCAGAAUUGAUUACUUUGAAGAAAGAAGAUAGUGAAACACUACGGCAUUUUAUGGCCUUUUCAGAAGGUGCUAUCUUUAACACCAUGAACUGCACUUCUUUUCAUCGCAGAAAGAGAGAAAGAUCCUUGAAGAAGUAUACUUUGGAUUGCGGCUAUAUUUGCUAUUUACUUACAGUGGAUCCACAGAUGGAAGCGCUUGGUCUGCCUGCCUAUCCACCUUUACCUGGAAAUACCGAUUUGGCGAAAGUAGAAGAAAUAAGACGGACAAUUUAUGUGGGGAAUCUUCCAAAGGGUGUAGAUGGCCAAGCAGUACUAGACUUUUUCAACAAUUUCGUAGGAGAGGUUAUGUACUUACGAAUGGCUACCGGACCUGAUACGCUUCCCUGCGCGUAUGCUUAUGUCGAAUUUACCAAUCAGACUUCUGUGCCAAUUGCUCUUCAAAACAACGGCAUUGAUUAUGAAGGCAAGCCGCUGCGGUAUGUGUUUCAAAGUCACUUUUUGAUGUCUUUUGUUUUAUCUGGUAUGGUUCAUCCUGUGCAUAUAUAUUUCAAUUGAGC